GACUGGGCUCCCGUUCGUCUCGCUGCGGUGUAUAUUCUCUAACAUGCAGGACCAUAUACUACUUUCAUCCCAGCCAGCGGGCACCACCUUCGGGAUUUUGUUUAUAUCUUUGGUGGUUAGUGCAGUCUGUUAUGGUUUGACUCUCCUGCAAACCUGGAUAUAUUUCAGACGAUAUUCUCUGGACCCGUGGUGGACGAAGACUCUGGUCGCCGUCCUGUGGUUGCUGGACACCGUACACAUCAUCCUAUGUACAAUCACAAUUUAUUGGUAUCUUGUGACGAACUACGGCAACCCAUCCACACUGGACGACUCCAGAUGUAUCUGGAAGGUACAAACAGACAUGGCGGGUCUCGUCGGACUGAUUGUACAACUAUUUUUUGCGCGACGAGUCUGGAAGUUGAGCGGGAAUAAGAUCGUGGUCGCCUUGAUCGCCAUCCUCUCUACCCUGCAUUUCACUUUGGGUGUCGUUUUCACUGUCGGAGCAUUCGAGCUGAAGCACUUCUCGAAAUACGGCAUGCUCACAUGGGUGACGUGUCUCGGAUUCUCCUCUGCCGCUGCAGCGGACAUACUUAUCGCGGCUGCGAUGUGCUACUAUCUCGCCGAGAGAAGGACGGAGUUCAAGCGCACGAAUUCGGUGAUCACGACUCUCAUGAUCUAUAGUAUCAAUACCGGCCUUCUGACCAGCAUCAUUGCUACUGCAUGUGUCAUCGCGUUCGCCAUCUCCCCGACGAGCUUUAUAUGGCUGAGCUUUUUCUGGGUCCUCGGAAAAUGCUAUGUGAACUCCGUAAUGGCCAUGCUUAACAGCCGCGAUUAUAUUCGCGAGAAGAGCCGUCAAGAUGUCACAGUGCUGGAGCUGCAAGCUCAGGAACCCUCCGCUGCAACGCAAUCCAGGCUGAAAUCUGCAGGUUUCCGACUGCAGCCCGUCGAUCUAGCCGUCGCAGUGGAGACGAUCACCGAGACUAAAAUGGAUUAUUGCACCAGCCCGACAAAGGUGACAAGGGAAGGUCAGGACCGGCCUUCACGGUCGCCCGCUAGUAGCGAACGGGACUCACCCAUGUAAGACUCGGAUGCAGGCACCCCCGUGCUGCUAAUUUGCAGCGGUUGAUCAUCCACUUCCACAAACAUAAGUCGCUCGUUUAAAACUGGUAGAUAUUCCUCGGUAGGAUAUGAAUGUACGUGGAAUGCAUAUAAUAGUUGUACAUCCUCC